AUGGUCACUCACCACGCCUCACACGAUAACUUGCAAGCCGUCACCGCAGACGAGCCAAGCAUUAGCAAACAUGAGGCGCCCGAACAGCCAACCGCUGAAGAGAAUGAGCACUGUACGAUAACCAAGGGUGAUGCGCCAUUGAUGCGGUCAAAGGAAGAUGACCUUUCUGUCUGGCAGACGGUGAGGCGGUAUAAAGUCAUCUCAGUCGUUGCGAUGGCUGCGGCGUUCAGUGCCGCGCUAGAUGGUUACCAGAUCAACCUCAAUGGUGGGCUCGUUUCCAAUGAGGGAUUCAUCCGACAGAUGGCGAGCCCUGGAACAACAAUCAUCGAAGGCCAGUAUGUCUCCGCUUGGAGUGGCAUUCAGUCUUCUGGUCAGGCGGUUGGCCAAAUUCUGCUCCAGUAUGCUACGGAAUCAUUCGGCCGAAAAGUGGCAUUUUACAUCAUAUGGGUCGUCUUCGUAGUGAGUAUAUUCAUUGAGUCAUUCGCUACCCGAUGGGAUCACUGGCUCGUGGCGAAACUCUUCUCAGGCAUGGGGGUUGGCAUGCUGCAAUCAACAUUGCCUAUUUAUUUGUCGGAGAUAGCUCCGACUCAGUUAAGGGGAUUUUUCAUUAAUGCGUACAGCUUUUGGUUUGUGGUGGGGCAAAUAUUCGCCUCAGUAGCUCUCAACCGACUUCAUGCUAUAAGUCCCUUGGACUUCCGAACGCCCAUCUAUACACAGUGGGCUAUGGUCGGAGCAACGAUUAUUAUCUUCGUUCUCAUGCCCGAAACCCCGUGGUGGCUCGUUAGUAAAGGAAAGCGUGAUAGGGCCGCGAAGAUCCUUAAGACCUAUAAUGGCCGCGUUGAGGGUUACGAUGUGUCUGAACAAAUUGAGAUCAUGAGCGCCACAGUCGCCGAGGAGCGCCGAAUUGCUGAGCGAGACUCGCAGGAAGGGACGUGGGCUGUUUUCCAGGGCCGCAAUUUCAUCCGGUUCGUGAUUGCUGGAUGGCCAAAGAUCACCCAGCAGUUCGUCGGGCUGGCGGUGUUUAACUCCAACGCUACCUAUUUCUUUCAAUAUGCUGGUAAUAAAGACCCUUUCUUGGUUACCGUCAUCUUGUCCUGCGUUCAACUCCUCUCCAUGAUCAUCACGGCCAUGCUCACCGACCAAGUCGGCCGUCGACCACUGACUGUCUAUCCCUAUGCGGUAACGACUCUAUCGGUGUUAUGCCUUGGAAUAAUCGGCUGCUUUGAUUACACUCAGAAGUCUACAAGCUCGCUUCUAGUCUUUUUCGCCUGUCUCGCUACAUUCACGACCACCGGUGCCUCGUCAAUCGGUUACGCCUACGCUGCAGAAAUCCCGCAGCAACGCCUGCGCGCUCAAACGGCAGGCUGGUCUCUUGCGGCGUCCAAUUUAGUCGCGCUCAUGUUCAGCUUCUGCACACCCCUGAUGAUCAACGGACCUCUCACAAAAUGGGGAGUCAAAACAGGAUUCUUCUUCGCAGGAACUGGUACGGUAGCUGUUAUCAUCGCGUGGUUUAUCCUCCCGGAGGUCACGCGUCGGACACCUGCCGAGAUCGAUGAAAUGUUUGAGAAGAAGGUCAAUCUUCGCAAGUUCAAGCACUAUGUUACUGACGUUCAGACCAACGCUUUCGAACAACACGAGCUGGAAACACACACACGUACAGCAUAG